GUGGUGAAGCCUCCUCAUCUAGAGCAACCCCACUUUAAUGGAUGCAUCAAGAGAACCAAAGAGAAUUGUGAAGCCUCCAAUGUCAUUUGGGAAGAGAAAAUGGCCCAAGAUAAAGAAAAAAAUUGUUUUCAUUCUUUUCUUUAUGCAUUUUUUCUGUAUUUUUGCUCCCUUUCAAGUCAAUUUGGGUGCAAUUUCGAUUUGCUUUGCCUUAUAUAAUAUUACAGGUCUUUUUGGACUCACUAUUUCAUAUCAUCGGAAUCUUACACAUAAAAGUUUCGUACUUCCGAAAUGGCUUGAAUACUUGUUUGCAUAUUGUGGUGUUCAUAGUUUUCAGGGUGAUCCAAUCUAUUGGGUCAGCACACAUAGAUAUCAUCAUCAAUAUGUUGAUACUCCAAAAGAUCCACAUAGUCCAAUUAAAGGAUUUUGGUAUAGUCAUCUUACUUGGUAUCUUCAUAAAAGGGAUCGAAGCGUUAAUGAAAUGAUUCCGAGACGUCGAAAAUGGGAAAAUGCUACAGAUUUGGAGAAGCAAACAUUCUAUAGGUUUCUUCACAAAACAUAUAUAUAUCAUCCAAUUGCUCUUGCGGUCAUACUUUAUAGCAUUGGAGGCGCUCCUUUCCUCAUUUGGGGAAUGUGUGUGAGAAUUGUAGUGGGUUUACAUGCAACAUUCUUGGUGAAUUCAGUAUCUCAUAUGUGGGGAAAGAAACCAUGGAAAACGAACGAUUUAUCAAGAAACAAUUGGUGGAUAAGUUUUCUUGUAUUUGGAGAAGGUUGGCACAAUAACCACCAUGCUUUCGAGUACUCAGCUAGGUUGGGCAUUGAAUGGUGGCAAUAUGACCCUGGUUGGUAUGUCAUUAGGUUUCUUGAAGCCAUUGGAGUGGCCACUCAUGUCAAAUUGCCAUCUCAAACCCAUAUGCAAAAAUUAGCCAAAGAUUAGCUAAAAGAACCCUCUCUUUGACUGAUGCUUUGUAUGGAAAUAAUUAUGCUUCUAAAAAUAAUGUG